CUCCGCCCGGUGUCCGGUUCGCCGUCGUGACGUCACUCGCUGGACCGUCGGGGCGGGGGCGCGCGCAGACACCGCGGCCAGCGGCGACUUUUUGCUCUUUAUUUUUCCUUUUCUUCUCCCUAAAAACACCCUCAUCGGCCCCAAAACACGCCGAGCGAGCCUCCGGCGGCCGAGGAGCUCCGUCACCGACAGCACCGGGCGAUCGGGCGCACUUUCUCUCCGCGGCUCCGGCACUCACCCGCGCGGAUAACGGAGAAAUAACGUCAAAUUCCGUCAAAGUCUGCGUGUAAAUAUAGAGUGAAAGUCGGAGAGCCGCAGCGCCCCCGCCCGAGUCCUCCGGUAAACUCACGGUAAACUCACCGGAGGAUCGGCACUCGGUGAAGGAUGGCCGCCUCAGUGAAGGUAGCAGUGAGAGUUCGGCCCUUUAACUCCCGCGAAACCAGCCGAGAUGCUAAAUGUGUCAUUCAGAUGCAGGGAAGCUCCACCUGCAUCUGGAACCCAAAACAGCCCAAAGAAGCAGCCAAGAACUUCAGCUUUGAUUAUUCGUACUGGUCUCACAGCUCGGAGGACGACCCAGCGUUCACGUCCCAGCGGCAGGUGUAUCUGGACAUCGGCGAGGAGAUGCUGCUUCACGCCUUUGAGGGCUACAACGUCUGUAUAUUCGCCUACGGUCAGACCGGAGCCGGGAAAUCCUACACCAUGAUGGGAAAACAAGAGCCUGGACAACAAGGCAUCAUUCCACAGAUGUGUGAAGAUCUGUUCAAGCGCACCAGCGAAAACACGGAUCCUGAUCUUUCCUACUCCGUAGAGGUGCUGCUUCACACUCCGCACAUCACCGAAACACACAUGACGGUGGCAGCGACAAACAUGAACGAGACCAGCAGCCGAUCACACGCCGUCUUCACCAUCGUCUUCACCCAGCGCCGCCGAGAUCAGCUGACCAGCCUCGACACAGAGAAGGUCAGUAAGGUGAGUCUGGUGGAUCUGGCAGGCAGUGAGCGAGCGGAUUCAUCCGGAGCCAAAGGCAUGAGAUUAAAGGAAGGUGCAAAUAUCAAUAAAUCUCUCACCACGCUGGGGAAAGUCAUCUCCGCUCUGGCUGAAAUGCAAAACAGCAAAAGAAGGAAAAGUGAGUUCAUCCCGUACAGAGACUCAGUGCUCACCUGGAUACUGAAGGAGAACCUGGGUGGUAAUUCUCGUACGGCUAUGAUCGCUGCUCUCAGUCCUGCAGAUAUUAAUUAUGAGGAAACACUCAGCACUCUCAGAUAUGCUGACCGUGCGAAGCAGAUCCGCUGUAAUGCUGUAAUUAAUGAGGAUCCAAAUGCUCGUCUGAUCAGAGAACUGAAGGAGGAAGUGAACCGACUCAGAGAGCUGCUGCUGUCACAAGGACUGAGCCGGCUGAUGACUGCUCCAGCUGCUGAAGUAAAUAAUAACCGUGUGGGCGUCGCUCUAAUGCCUGCUGACCCUGCCUCCAAUGGAGCUCCGCCCACAUCUGCACCUGUCCUGGGAGAAGGCCCUGCCUCUGAGAGUGACCCCGCCUCUCUGGAUGGCCACGGCCAAUUAGAAGAGUUUCAGGGCGAGAUGAUAACCAAUGAGGAAGCAGUGGAGAGACUGAAGGAAACAGCGAAGAUCAUCGCUGAGCUGAAUGAGACGUGGGAGGAGAAGCUGAGGAAGACCGAGUCGAUCCGACUGGAGAGGGAGUCGAUUCUGGCGGAGAUGGGAGUGUCUAUUAAAGAGGAUGGAGGAACUGUCGGAGUGUUUUCACCUAAAGGGGUCUGUAUACACACUGCUGAAGUCAAUAAUAACCAUGUGGGCGUCACUCUAAUGCCUGCUGACCCCGCCUCCAAUGGAGCUCCGCCCACAUCUGCACCUGUCCUGGGAGAAGGCCCUGCCUCUGAGAGUGACCCCGCCUCUCUGGAUGGCCACGGCCAAUUAGAAGAGUUUCAGGGCGAGAUGAUAACCAAUGAGGAAGCAGUGGAGAGACUGAAGGAAACAGAGAAGAUCAUCGCUGAGCUGAAUGAGACGUGGGAGGAGAAGCUGAGGAAGACCGAGUCUAUACGCCUGGAGAGGUAA